CAUAAAAUUAAAUAAAACUUCUCCAAGCACAAUUUUUUCACAAUGAUAUUAUGCAGAGAUAUUAAUAAAGUAUGAGGUGCUGUUGAAAUAUGAAUAUAGAGACAUAGUAGAAGCAUUCUCAUCAUCCUCAUAGCUUGUAGAUAAUUCAAAUGUUUGUGAUGAAAUGCCGGCCCUUGUCUUCUGCAAGCGUCGUUGGAGGAUUGGCAGCGACGACUUCGUCCUGCCUGGAAUCUUGGAAAUUUUAAUACGAAUAGCUUGGCUCCUCCUAGUGGCCACGCUGUUCAUCCAACAUGAACAGUUUCACUGCAGCACAGGCAGCACGGAGCUACGAAUUUAUCUUAUUGAUUUAUUAACCCUGACCCUUGACCCCAGGGUGGUGAUGGCUUUCCCCGAGAUGGCCUGGCAGCUGAUGGGAUCCAUCUGGAUCUUCUCGGGCCAGAUCAGCUGCGAGAACGAUCCUGUGUGGAUCAUGUUGAAAGCGCUGCUGGUGGUGACGUGGUGUGCCAUCAUCUUCCUGCUCAUCACAAUUGUGCUGCUGUUUGAGCCCAUGGCUCGCCCCACAUACCCUGAUGGUGAUGAUAGUGAUGAUGCACUGCACCACACCAACACCACCACCUACACUCAUCAUGCCCAUGUGGGGACGCACUACAUCCAGCUGUGGGAGCGCCGCUGCAGGAUCCUGUGCUGCGCCUCCUCCAAGGACGAGACCAGCCUUGAGGCCCUUAGGAACGUGGCAGAUAUCCUGGCGUCGAUAUUCGAGGACAACGACCUGGUGGCGUCGGACAUCGUGGCGGCGCUGGUGCUGCUACGCAUGCGGCAGAAAUACGCAGAGAAGAGGAUACGCAGGGAGAUGUCCCGGAUGAGGGGUGUACGCACACGGGAGAGGCUGGGAGAACUGCUGGGGACGCUGGACAUAGGGGGAGGAAGAGAAGAAAUAGGGGGAGGAAGAGAAGAACUAGGGGGAGGAAGACGAGAACUAGAGGAAGGAAUAGAAGAACUAGAGGAAGGAAGAGAAGAAAUAGAGGAAGAAAGACAAGGAGGAAGAGAACAAGAAGGAGGACGAGAAGAAAGACGAGAACAACAACAAGAAGGACGAGAAGAAAAACAAGGAGAAAGAGAACAACAAAAAGUAGAAAAAAGUAGAGAACAAGGAGGAACAGAACAACAACAAGGAGGAGAGGAAGAAAAACAAGAAGCACGAGGUCAACAGGAGGGACCAGAACAAGAAGGAAGAGAACAACAAGGCCGAGAAGGACAACAAAAAAGUCAACAAGAAGGUACCAAAAUCAACGGGUUAGGGUUGCGGGUUGGUGACAUAUCACCGGAACCCGAAGAAAUCAUCGAUGAAAUUAGUCCCACCUCAGGACCCAACCCUAAGCCCCACUCUAGUCCCCACGCUCCACCUUCCCCAUCAAUGAGGGAGCAAAAAGACACUCCCCAGUCCUACGUAAGUCCCAGGGAGCAAAAAGACACUCCCCAGUCCUACGUAAGUCCCAGGGAGCAAAAAGACACUCCCCAGUCCUACGUAAGUCCCCCCACGUCUUGCAUCGCCCCGCCCCCGCAGCCGUGGAUGACGGUUGCCAACGCGCAGCACUACAUGCGGUUCGCACUAGCGUCCUACGGCUGGCCGUGGUACAUGUACGGCCGUAUCUUUACUACAUUUGGGUCGUUGUGGCCUCAUCUAGUGUGCUGUGCUACAUGCUGCUGCAGGUCAGAUAUGUACUACAUGUACGGCCGUAUCUUUACUACAUUCGGGUCGUUGUGGCCGCAUCUAGUGUGCUGUGCUACAUGCUGCUGCAGGGAAACGCCAGAGUCUGUCUAUGGUGACAACUGCUGCCUCUGUCAUAAAGCUGCCAUGAAGACCUUGACGGGGCUGACAGAUGACGACUUCUGUCUGGUCUACCAUCUGAACAACAUCUACGAGGUGCCAUUUUACGUGGCGGUGGACAGGGCCUCCAGCAGCAUCAUCGUGGCCAUCAGGGGGACCAUGAGCCUGAAGGACACCAUCACAGACAUGACCGCCAUGACCGCCCCCGUAUACACCGGGGGCCACGCCCCCCACUGCCUCGCCCACAAGGGCAUGGUCCAGGCCGCCAACUUUGUCUACUGCAAACUUAGGGAGACUCAGGUACUUCACCGGGCACUGGCCGCGCACCCCACCUUCCGCCUGGUGGUCACUGGCCACAGCCUGGGGGCCGGGGCCGCCGUUGUUCUGGCCGCCAAGCUCCGCCAGGACCAACACAAAAUAUCCACUAAUUUAUCCUCCGUAUCCACCAAUGUCACCGUGGUCACUGCCGUCCCAGCCACCAGUAAAUCCACCUCAAUAUCCACCUCGCAAGUUUUUUCAACGGCCAUAUCCACGCCUGUGGAAAUUAUUUGCUUUGCGUACUCGCCCCCCGGAGGCCUAUGUUCCCAGGAGUUCGCUGCUGAGAUGAAGGAUCGUGUGAUGUCUGUGGUGAUUGGUGAUGAUUUGGUGCCAAGAUUAAGUGUACAUGCAAUGCAUGCACUGCGUGGUGAUAUCAUCACAGUUCUAGAGGAGUGUGAUGAACCCAAGUUCAGGCUGCUAGCUCGGGGGUGUUGGUUCAUGCUCGUUGGUAUCAGCGAGAAGCGACUUCAUCAGAGAUAUGCUGAUAGAUCACUAUACUAUGGUGGUGGUGGUGGUAUAUUAUCCCCAACAUCCCCUAAAAAUCCCCGUAAUUACUCCACCAUGGAGGACUCUGACAUUCACACAUCCACCACAGCCUCAGGCUUCCCCACGACAACGGGUACCCACAACUCCCCAAUUCAAUUUACCGGGGACUCGGGGCUUGUUGGGACCUCCUUGGAGACUUCCAGCAUGGGACUUUUGGGGACCUCAAACACAGUGUCCUUUGCUGGGCCCCAACCUGAAGGUCCCCACGGGACUUCCAGCGUGGGACUUUUGGGGACCUCGAACACCGUAUCCUUUGCGAGGCCCCAACCCGAAGGUCCCCAGGCCCCAUGUCCCCACCCGACAAGUCCCCGACACACGGAAGUCCCGCUAUGUCUGCCAGGCCACGUGCUCCACGUGCAGCCCUCCAGCUACGUCACCCCUGGCAGGUGGAAGGUUCAGUGGAAGCCUCCAUGUGACUUCCGCUCCAUCAUCAUCACCCCCUGCAUGAUGCGGCAUCACCUCCCGCAGGAGGUCAUGAAGGCUAUUGACUUCGUGUUUGAACACAAUAUGGUGCCUGAGAAGUGAUGUUCAUUAUGAUAUGAAUGAACAUAAUAUGGUGCCUGAGAAGUGAUGUUCAUUAUGAUAUGAAUGAACAUAAUAUGGUGCCUGAGAAGUGAUGAACAUCAUAAAAGAAUGAACAUGAUGUUCCGAGAGAAGUGAUGAAAGAAUAAAUAUAAUUUUCCUAGAGAAGUGAUGAAAAUAAUGUCCCUGAGAAGUGAUGAACACCAUGAAAAAAUGAACAUAAUGUUCCUACAGAAAGGAUGACAUACGUUUACCUUCUUAUUGGUGUGGCCAAUUAUCUUAUUUUGUUAAGAGGUUCCGUCAGGUCUAUUAUCUACAUGUAUUUUUUUACAGUACACAAUUAUUGUGUAGCGGAGAUACAUUUUUCCAGUGAUGGUGUGUUUUGAUCUCGUUAAUAUCUUUGUAUUGUAAGGAUUAUGGCACUAGGUAUUUACUUACAGUUAAUUAAUCUGCGAUUAACUGGGUAGUAUUUAUGGUCAGGGUGCAAUUUUGAGGAAAUGACUCUUG